GUGUAUUAUGGAGAAGAACUAAAAAUAUUGUUUGAUUAAUUGGAUGAUGUUGAUUUGAUUAUUAUAUGGAUUGGUUUUUAUGUCGAGAGCGUAUACAUAACAUAACAAUAAAUAUACACGGAAUCGGUAACAAUACACGUUUGAUUGAACAACAACCGCGCAGUAAAUAAUCGACGCGGACGAACGGCGAUUGUCAACAGCAAUAAUAACAAUAUAAUAUAUCUAUCUACCUGCUUCUAUUUGUUUUUCUCUGUGUAUUUUAUUGUUUAUGUCACAUGGCUUCAGCGACACGCACCAACAGAUCCAGAAUGAAAUUUCCUGCAUCAAUGCUGGAUUUACACCGUUACCAAAGUACAGCACAUGGUCAUGAUUUUGAUGGAUUAAGUCGAGUGGUUAUGGUUAGAAAAACUGAUCAGCGUACAUUUGCUUCAACCAAAAAUGGAGAGGAACCUAAAUUCGAAACAAUUACACGUGAAACAAUUGAAACAUUUCAUGGGAAUCGAACUGAACGUAAAGUAACUUCAUUAGAAAAACGUGAAGGUAUUCGAAAAUCGCCUGAUUUAGGAUUUCAUUCAUCUUCAGAACUUAUACAUCAAAAUGGUACAGGAGCACAUUCAAAGACGACAACACCGAAAAAAGUCUCCUCAUUAAAGAAAAAACAACCUGGAGCCAAAAGCCCUGAAGAAUUUGCAAAUGAAUGUCUAGAAGCGCACAAUGAAUAUCGGACGAAACAUGGUGUACCUCCAUUAACAUUAAGUAAAAAAUUAUGUAAAAUUAGCCAAAAAUGGGCUGAUAAAAUCGCUGCAAAAGGUUCUUUAGAGCAAAGUAACAAUACAGAUUAUGGCGAAAAUAUAUAUUGUAGUUGGUCAUCCGCUGCAGAUUAUCAACCAACAGGACGUGAGCCUGUUGACAGUUGGUACGAAGAAAGUAAACGCCAUCAAUAUGGAACCGAACCAAAUGAUUUACGAUCAGGACAUUUUACGCAAGUGAUUUGGAAAGAAACAACAGAGUUAGGAGUUGCAUAUUCGCGUGGUAAAAAUGGUCGAAUAUAUGUUGUAGCAAAUUAUUCCCCACCCGGUAAUUUCAUUGGCGAUUUUGCUGAAAAUGUUCCACCACCAAUCGAUACCAGUAAACCAUAUACAAUGUCAGGGUUACCAACAACACCAUCUUCAAAAUCCACUCCAACUCCUCGCCCUCCAUCCAGCUCUUCCACGGGAGCUGAAGGAGAUUUUGAAGUAGAUUGUUUAAAUGCUCACAACGAAUAUAGACGAAUGCACGGAGUAGAACCGUUAAAAUUAAAUCGAAAAAUGUGUAAAUAUAGCGAAGAAUGGGCAAAAGCACUAUCAAUUAAAGGUCAGAUGGAACAUCGAAAAAAUUCUGAAUAUGGUGAAAAUAUCUAUUGUAGUUGGUCUUCGAAUUCAAAUCAUCGUAUCAAUGGCCGAGAAGCAGUGGAUCAAUGGUAUAGUGAGGUGAAAAUUCAUGUAUUUGGUCGUGAACCGAACAAUUUAAAAAGUGGACAUUUUACACAAGUUGUAUGGAGAGAUAGUCGUGAAUUAGGUGUAGCUGUUGCUAAAAAUCGUAAUGGACAAAUUUUUGUCGUGGCAAAUUAUUCACCACCAGGAAAUUUUGUUGGUAGUUUCGCUGAAAAUGUUUUACCACUUGGUGGAGGAAGUAAACAUGAAACAAAAGCUCAGGCAAUGAAAACUUAUAGUCUUUCUGACUUUUCCAUAGAAGGUGUUCGGCAUCAUAAUGAAUUACGAAAAAAACAUAAUGUUCCUGAACUAAAACAUAAUGAAGAUCUAACAAAAUAUGCAAAAGAAUGGGCAGAAAAAUUAGCAGCCGAAGAUCGUUUUUAUCAUCGUCCAGAUUCAAAAUAUGGUGAAAAUAUUUUCUAUUUAUGGUCUUCAGAUCCAAACGCAAAAGUUUCUCCAAAAGACGUAUGCAAAAGUUGGUACGACGAGAUAAAAGAUUAUUCGUUUGCGUCCGAGCCAAGAGCAAUGAAAGCUGGUCAUUUUACACAAAUGAUAUGGAAAGGCAGCACAGAAAUGGGCAUGGCAAUGGCAAGGGGACGUAAUGGAAAAAUUUAUGUAGUUGCCAAUUAUAAUCCACGUGGUAAUAUUGUUGGACAAUUUAGUGCCAAUGUACCUAGACCACGUUAAUAAACACAAAAAAAUAACUAAAAAGCAAAGUAUAAACAAAAAUAUUGAUUGCCCUAAUUGAGAUGUCGAAAUUGAGAGUUAAUAAUUUGUUUUUUGCUAACAAAUUUUCUAUGUUCAAUUAGGCUCUAAAAGUGAUUGAUUCCAAAGAAUUUUAUUUUAUUUUAAGGAUAUUUGUUUUACUCGAAUUACGUAUUAUUUUUAUAAAAGAACAUCCAUUUUGAUUUUAAAUGUUAUGACAGGACUAUUAGUAAAAAUCGAGAGUCAAUUAUUAUAUAAAAUUAUUUUUGAAUAAUAAAAAAGAAUAUGAAUUGAAUAAAACUACAAAUUUGGUCCAAAUUUUUAUCUUUGAGUUUUCUUUGAUUUGUAUGGGGAUAAGCAUAGUUUUUCCCUUGAAAAAAACAAUCUAAACAAAAUCAUCCAAAACAUUUAUGUAUAGAAUCACGCUUAUUUAUUUUCCUUUUCAACAAUAGAUUUUUCGAUAAUGAAAGUGUGCCCGUGAAAUUAACCAAUCAUGUACACUAAGUUUAGUUGAAAAACGCAUUUUUAAAACAAUUAAGUAAAUGACGAUUUAAAGAAUUUACUCUGUAAUUUUUAAACUAUUCAAAAGAUUUAGUAGUUGCUAGUAAUAGUAGCAACGACUAAAAUCUUAAGACUUAAUAACCAAGUUCAUAAGCUUAAGUUAAGUAUGGUUAGUCUCUUCCGUUAUCAGGCAUAACGUAGUAGGUGACGUAGUAUUUUUUGUUCGGUUAAUUUCACGAUUAUCUGUUCUAAUACUCCACUAUAAAAAUGCGGAACAAUUUCUUAUGAAUCUUGAUACCUUAUUUAACAUUCUAAAUAAAAUUAUUAAAUUCUAAAAAAUGUAAUUAAAAUUUAUCUACAGACAAUCUUGUAAAGAAAAAAUUAGAGUAAUUUGCAAAAUUUGCGC